AUGGCUGUACGCGACGGGGAUGCCGUCUGCCUACUGGCCUGCAAUGGCUGCUUCGUAGGCAUCACCAGUGAGGAUGACGUGGAGGAGUCCAGCCUGGCCAGCGGCCGUCGGAGUGUGAAGGCCGAUUUCCCAGACAUCUCUCCGCCCUGCGCGCUGGUGGUGCGGAGCACUAGCCAGCAGAAGCAGGUCCUGGAGGGCCAAACCAUAGUCCUGCAGAGUUUAGCAUCGGCUCAGGUGCUUUGCUUUGAUGAGGGCCCUGCUACCAUGGAGGCCAAGCAGAAUCCGGGCGACCUACGACGGAUCGGUUUCCAAGAAGAGCACUACUUGGUCAUUGAGUCCUUGCCAAAGCCCCGGCGGUGGAAGGUGGAUAGCAUUUCGUUGGAAGGGGAACUCUUGAAGAGCCCAGAAGUGGGUGUGCGGGUUCGCCAUGCCAAGGAGACCUCCAAGUAUGGCAUGACCGUGGAGGCCGAGGUCUUGGGAUGGGUGAAGGUCAAAUGGGACUACGGUCAGGAGGAAAGCUGCCGCGUGGGAGCUCAAGGGAGCUGUGACUUACUGGUGAUCUCCUUGCCCUCGUUCACUGCCACCGGUGCAGGCCGUGCAGGGGAACGUGCCAAUGGGCGUUACGUGCGUGUGGGCUGUCACAAUGGGAUGCCCAAGUACCGACAGGACACUGGCUCGGCCAUCAUGUUCUUUGAAGAUGACGGCUGGAAGAUGAACGUGGAGGACGAUACCAGGCAAUGGUGUUAUCAGCACCUGGACGCCGCCUCCCCGCUUCCGCCCCUGGGCCGCUGGGCGACGGCCGUCGGGAAGCGCUGCGAGCCCUCGCCCUCGCUGCAGCCAGCGCCGGCGCAGGUGACCGCCACGGAGCUGACCGCUAGUCCUCCAGUGCCGUCGUCCAAGGUUGUGACAGGAGAAGCUCCCUUGGCGCGCUCCCAGAGUGGACCACUGAAGCGGAAGAAGGAGAUGGUCGAGUUCCCCUUGCCGCCGGCCCCUGAGCCGAUUCGCCUGGGUGAUGUGGUGUAUCUGCGGGGCAACGGCCGGUGGUUGGAGGUGGAAGGUGCGACGGUGAGUGCGCCCAACGCCAGGUGUGGGCAGGAAUGUCAACGCUUCGUGGUGUGCCCGUACUUGAACGACCACAAGGAGCCGGACCAUGCACAACAUGCACCCGAGAAGCGGAAGCUGGUGAGCACGAAGACCUUUCGAGGUCGAAAGGUGAAGGAUGGCGAUGCCAUUUGCUUGAUGGCUUGCACUGGAUGCUUCUUGGGCAUCAGCGGGACACAGGCCGAGGGCGGCUCGGUGUCCCUCAGCGCGCACGGCCGGCGCUGGGUGAAGGCAGAUUUCCCCAGCGCCUCAGCGGCCUGCGCCAUGGUGGUGAAGUCCAGUAAGCCGCGUGGAGUCGCGCGAGAGGUUUGUGAGGGCGAGCCGUUCUUCCUGCAGAGCAUGGCUUCCUCGCAGCUGUUGGUGGCGGACGAGAAGGUGAACCUGGCUGUCAUGAUGCAGCCGAAGCAGGCGCCCGGCGAUCUUCUGGCAGGGCCCCAGAAGCACCAAGAGCUGAGCUUCAAGAAGGUCCCGAGGAGCCCGUCACAGACCGCCUUGCGGCUCACUGGGCAGCUGUUGAAGUGGCCAGAGGUGGGAGUCAAAGUCAAACACCUCGAGGAGCCGGAGAAGGGCUUCGGCCUCACCGAGGUUUCAGAGCAGUUGGGCUUCCUCAAAGUCUGCUACGAGAAUGGAGAGGAGAGCCUUGGGCGGGUUGGCGCAGAUGGGAAGUACAACCUCCUUGUGGUUCAAAAGCCCAAGAUGGAAGUUGCUUGGGCUGGCGGAAUUGGCGUCACUGUAAAUGGACAGUUUCAGCAAGUGGGCGUGUACAACGAGAUGCCGAAGUAUCAGCAAGAGAAUGGUGAGUCGAUCAUCUACUUCCAAGAUGGAUGGAAGAUCAAUGUGGAGGAUGACACCAGUCGCUGGCUCUACGAGCAUCACGCGUCGUCCUCACCGAAGGCUCCUUGUGGCCAGUGGCUCCUGGCGGACUGCGCCACGCGCGCGGAGCCGGCGCCGUCGAUCUGGGAGGUGCCCAUCCAGGCUUCAGUGACCACUGGUGCUCCACCAAAGGUCAGCCAGAAGGCCUUGGACGUCUUGUUGCUGUCGGCCUUAGACGGGCAUCCCUCCGCCUCGCGAGCCACCCGUGCUUUGCGCCUGGCUUUGCCCUGCUUCGCUCAGCUCUGCGCCCAAGUCGCUCCGCCCGCACAGCGAAGCGGCGCACACAAAAACGGCCGCCCAUCGCAGCGGCCGCGGCCCACGCAGCGGCUGGCGCGGGCGAGUGUGGCACGUGAUACUUUGGAGGUUUUGGCAGAGUAUGCUGAAACAGAUGAGUCAGUGAUAGGUGUGGACAGCCACAAGCUGAUUGUCUUCGAUGGUUUACCCUUCCUGGUGCACCAGAAGCGCUACCCUGAGCUGGAUGCACUCAUCGUGGAUACCUCGAGAACGCCCCGAACGGUCGCGCACGAGACGCACGAGAGCGAUACAGUGGGCGAGGUCGUGUCCUAUCGCUCGGACGAGAGUCCCGUGCUGCUGCUGGGCGCUCGGGCGCCCUUUCGUGUGAGGCCGACCGAGACCAUCCAGGUGUGUUGCCGCUUUCCCACUAGCCUGAUGAAGACCAUCAAGGAGGAGAACUGGAUGGGCAGGAAGCGCUUUGAGCAGUGUGCUGGAUAUCUCGUACAGGUGGAUGUGGGGCUUUUGCGCCAGGAGCACGUGAGGCCCGAAGAGACACUGCCGAACAAGCAGAUCUCCAGCGACUACAAGUGUGGACCGCCACGGCGGAUCAGCUUGCACAACAAGGAGCAAUUGGUGAAGCUUCAGCUGCGACCGAAGGUCUUCAAUUUCCUGGGUCUGGGCGAAGUCGCUGUUUGCCUGGUAGUCAUGGAUCAUUCCAAGAUGUCGCACCAGCAUUGGACCCUGGUGAACUACUCCUUGAUCACUGUGAUGGCCGAGAAGGAGGAUGGGCACUCACCAGAGGGCGACAGCACUGUGCUGAGACAGCACCUGACCUCGAAGACUGGUCGGCAGGAGAAGGUACGACUUUUUGCAUUUGAUGGGGAGGAGUCAACGGCGAGAAGCACACACCAUGCGAAGGAGAAAAAGAGUGGGAGGCGGCCGGUGGUGAUGUCGUCCACCAGGAACCCCAAUGAGAUCCCAGCGAAAAAAGAUGAGAUCAAGUGGGCACAUGACCAAGAGGAGAACGCACCCAGCAAGCCGGAGCCGAGCACUUCGGAGCCGAGCAAGCCGGAGCCUGCCAAGCAGGAUGCUGAAGUGAAGCAGGUUGAAGAGAUUGACUCGGACAUCGAGUUUACUGGAGCAAAGAAGGCGCCAGAGAAGCAGGCGGCCAAUGGUGGGGAUGUCGUAUUCCACCCUGAGGAGAACAACACACCGAGAAAACCGGAGCUGAGCAAGCCGGAGUCGGCCAAGCAGGUUGCUGAAGUGAAGCAGGUCGAAGAGAUUGACUCGGACAUCGAGUUUGUCUCGGAACAGACCUUUACGGUAGACAUGAGAGAGGAGCUGAAGGAUGAGGAGCCGUAUGAGCCAGCAGCGCCCAUGGAUGCGCCACAUUCUUUGCUCGAUGAGCGCGAGCUGUCGUCGGCGAUCGCCGACGCGAUGAUCGAGCAGGUGCUUUCGAUCUUGCAAAGGUUGCGGCCCUUCAUUGCCUACGAAGUGCAGCAACGGUUGAAGUCGCACUCGGCUGAGGUGCCAGCGAUGCGCCGGCAGAUCUCCCCGAUGCAGCGGCAGCACUCACCUUUCCAGACAUUAACAGGGCUUGCGCCAAGCUCACUGGCAGGGCCACUGCAGGAGAAGAUUCCCCUGCCACGAUGGAUGGGCGAUGGAGGUGGCGGCUGGAAGAGCCGCGCUGGCAGCGUCGACAGUGCUCACAGUCUUAGUCAAGGUGAGAAGGGCGAGAACGCUCAUGCUUGGGAGCAGUCGGUGGAGAAGAUCGAGAAGGUCCUAGAGGAGCGGAGCUCGAACACGCCCAAGAAGCUCCCAAAAGCCUUGUCAGGCAUGUCGGGCUGCUUCCCGAUCCUGGAGGAGAGAACGACUGCAAAGCAGUUGCAAUGCCAGUCGGAGGAUCUGCAGGCCAUGGCGGCUUUGCAUCUCACUGAGUCUGUCGCCACUUGCACGGCUCCAAGAGCGGAGAUCGCUCGCAGAGCAAGAUGA